GUGUAGGCAGGCACAAAUAAUAGAAGGGACGCGUCCUCUGCCCAAGCGUUGCUGACGUUUGCCAAACCUUUCAACGUCUGGAUAGGUAUUUUAAGUUUAACUAACCACAUCAUAUGUUAUAGCGAUCUGCCAGUCGAUGACACAGUCGAUGAUGUCGCACGCAACCAUUGGUUAAUGCAUGUAACUUCUGCGCAGGGGAACGCGACCCGAGUAUCGACGUCCUUGAUAACCCGUGAACUCCGUGCCAAGAACAAUUCCUGGAUUCGGAAACUGACCAGGAAAAGUAAAAAGAAGAUUUGCAGUUCAUUUUUAUUCUGUGAAUUUGUUUUAUCGUUUCAGAGGAGACAAGUAUCACUUUGAAACGUUGGAGACUGUGAGGUUUAAAGUCCCGACCGAAAGAGACAGUCUUCCCUCUCCUCUGCACGCGCGUCGUUUGCCAUGGCUUUAACAACCUGUACCAGAUUUACCGACGAGUUUAAUCUCUACGAAGAGCUGGGAAAGGGAGCUUUCUCCAUAGUGAAAAGAUGUAUGAGGAUCUCCAGCGGACAGGAGUAUGCUGCCAAAAUCAUCAACACAAAGAAGCUAUCCGCUAGGGAUCACCAGAAGCUGGAGAGAGAGGCCAGGAUUUGUCGUCUGCUCAAGCACCCUAAUAUCGUGAGGCUCCAUGACAGCAUAUCAGAGGAGGGAUUCCACUACCUGGUCUUUGACUUGGUGACUGGUGGGGAGCUGUUUGAGGAUAUCGUAGCCAGAGAGUACUACAGCGAAGCAGACGCCAGUCAUUGCAUUCAGCAGAUCCUCGAGGCUGUGCUCCACUGCCACCAGACGGGCGUGGUCCACCGCGACCUCAAGCCUGAGAAUCUGCUCCUAGCCAGUAAGCUGAAGGGAGCAGCGGUGAAGUUGGCAGACUUUGGCCUGGCCAUCGAGGUGCAGGGAGACCAGCAGGCAUGGUUCGGUUUUGCGGGAACCCCAGGCUACUUGUCCCCAGAGGUUUUGAGGAAAGACCCCUAUGGGAAACCUGUGGACAUGUGGGCCUGUGGUGUGAUCCUCUACAUUCUCCUGGUGGGCUACCCUCCCUUCUGGGACGAAGACCAGCACAGACUGUACCAGCAGAUCAAGGCUGGGGCCUACGACUUUCCGUCCCCUGAGUGGGACACGGUGACCCCCGAGGCCAAAGACCUGAUCAACAAGAUGUUGACCAUCAACCCUGCCAAGAGGGUCACCGCCACAGACGCACUCAAACACCCCUGGAUCUGUCAACGGUCCACUGUGGCAUCCAUGAUGCACAGACAGGAGACGGUGGAGUGCCUGAGGAAGUUCAACGCCAGGAGGAAACUCAAGGGUGCUAUCCUCACCACCAUGCUGGCCACGCGCAACUUCUCAGCAGCCAAGAGCCUGCUCAACAAGAAAGCUGACGGUGUCAAGAUCAACAACAAGACCAAUGUAGUCACCAGCCCCAAAGAGCCCCCCACUCUGGAGCCUCAAACCACUGUUCUCCACAACCCAACUGAUGGAAACAAGGAGUCCAGCGAGAGUGCUAACACCACCGUGGAAGAUGAGGACGUGAAAGCUCGUAAGCAGGAGAUCAUCAAAGUGACUGAGCAGCUGAUUGAGGCCAUCAACAAUGGAGACUUUGAAGCCUACACGAGAUCUGUGAUCCUGGCCUGACAUCCUUUGAACCAGAGGCCUUGGGAAACCUCGUGGAGGGAACUGACUUCCACAAGUUCUACUUUGAGAACGCUCUGUCCAGGAGCAAGCAAGGCCCGUCCACACCAUCCUGCUCAACCCCCACGUGCACCUGAUCGGCGAGGACGCGGCGUGCAUCGCCUACAUCCGCCUCACCCAGUACAUGG